AAGAGAGCGAGCGAAACACGACACUCCGAGGACGGAGAGAGGCACGGGGGGAGGAGAGAGUGAGCGCCGAGUGGUGCGAGAGUGAGUGGAAGACUGAAAAAGUCCGUGAAGAAAGAGAGGUUCCUUUUUAACGUUAAUUUCUGUCAGAGAAGUAAGGCGGGUUUGCGGCGGAGAGAUGUCAAACAGUGACGAAGAUGCGGUUGAGACGGAGUAAACAGCUACCGGACAGUUAGCGAAAGAAGUUGUUGGAAGAGAAGAGAACGACGCUUUUCGCCUGGCUCGAGUCGGGACGGUUGACCGUCUUUCUUGAGCAACUUGAGCAGAUUUGAGGCUGCGAGUUACGGGACGAGGUGCGGGCAUAAAGCGAGUCCUACUUGUGAGAUAGCUGGUUUAGGACCGCACCGAGAGAAAGAGGUUGGGGGGGAGAGAGUGCCCGGCGGCGGCUUAACGAAUAGAGAGAGCCGCUGGAGCUGAAGCUGUAAAAGUUUGCCUCGUAUCUUCAGCGAGUUCUUCACGAGAUUGGAAAGCAGAGCGGGAGGAAGAGGCCGAGAGACUGACUUUUCUUUCCACAAGCAGCUUUGUGGAAUUUUCCCAGUUUAGCAAACUUUAGCUGUCCUACCGAAGAGCUAAAGCGGAAAGAAUGAAAACACCUGGAGAUACUGGGUUCGCCUUUCCAGAAUGGGCUUACAAGCCCGAGUCAAGCCCUGGUUCCAGACAGAUCCAGCUGUGGCACUUCAUCCUGGAGCUGCUCAGGAAAGAGGAGUAUCAUGAUGUCAUCGCCUGGCAGGGGGACUAUGGCGAGUUUGUCAUCAAGGAUCCAGAUGAAGUGGCUCGACUCUGGGGGGCCAGGAAGUGCAAACCCCAAAUGAACUACGAUAAACUGAGCAGGGCUCUGAGGUAUUACUACAACAAGAGGAUCCUUCAUAAGACCAAAGGGAAAAGGUUCACCUACAAGUUUAACUUCAACAAACUGGUUUUGGUCAACUACCCCUUCAUUGAUAUGAGCUCCACUGGAAGUAGCGUUCCUCAGAGUGCCCCUCCUGUCCCCACCGGUGCAGGGACCCACUUCCGCUUCCCUCCUUCCACCCCAUCUGAAGUCCUCUCCCCUAACGAGGACCUGCGCAGCCCCGGCGGCAUGUUCAGCUCCGUGGCCCGACGAAUGGCCCGCGGCUCUGUCAGCGACUGCAGCGACGGCACUUCAGCCAAUUCUGAGAUCGAGGAGGGUAACACGGGAGCAGGAGAGGAGAGGGGGGAGAGAGUUGUGAGUGGAGGAGGUGGAGGAGGGCCAGGUGGUGGAGGAGGCUACCGGAGCAUCAUCCACCCCCGUUUGUCUUCUCAUGAAGCCCUGUUCCGCAUGUACGGAGGGCCGGGUAACCCUGCAGGGCAUCCAGGCUCCCGUGGCCCGGCAGCACACCGCAUCCACCCAGAGCCCCUGUCCCCCUUCCCUGCGUCCCCCCUGCCAGGCCCAGGAGGAGCAAGCCUUCUAGCUCCACCUUUGUCUCCGGCACUCUCCAUGACCCCCACAUCUCACCUCCCAUACACUCCCUCGCCCACCCUAUCACCCAUGUUAGGCUCUCACUUCUCCUUUAACCCAGAGGACAUGAAGCGCUACCUGCAGGCCCACACCCAGUCGGUGUACAACUACGGCCUCAGCCCCAGAGCUUUCCUCCAGUACCCCAACAUCGUCAUCCCCCAGCCCCACCGGCCCGACAAGGCCGGUCUGACUGCAGAGAGAGGAGCGGCCGAGAGGGCGGAGAGAGCCUCGACUGUGGGGGGAGGCGAGAGGGGAGGAGACCGACACCACCAUCCACCUCUGGGUCACCCGACCCACCACCACCCGCAUCCUCACUCUGCUCACCCUCACCCACAUUCCCACCCCAUGCAUCAUCCACUUCACCUUGGUGAGGAGCCGCCGCACAUGUCCCCCUUCAAGUUCAAGCUGCAGCCGCCUCCACUGGGCAGGAAGCAGAGGGAGGGACAGAGCCAGAGUAAACCCAGGCAGAGCUCACUGUCCUCGGGUUCAGGAUCCGGGUCCAUGUCCUCCACGUCUGGCCUGGGCUCCUCGCUGUCAUUCGGCAGUGACUUGAGCUCCGCCAGUGGCUCCGGGCUCAUCUCCGCCUCCUCGUCAACACAGUCUCUAAACAGCGCGGGACUUCCCAAGAUAAAGGUGGAGCCCAUCUCUGACAUAGACUCAGAGGAAGAGGUGGAGGUGACUGACAUUAGCGAUGAAGACCCGGAUGAAAGAGAUGAAGAGUUUGAGCUCUUCGCCCCUCGCCACCCGAGAGCAUCCGACCACCACCACCUUGCUAAUGGCUCAGCCCGGGCCCAGCAACAACCCCACACCGACGAGGACUUAGAAGAAGAUGUGUUCAAAGCCCCCGCUCCUCCUCCACCCGGCCUGAUGCCUUUCUUCACCUCGCAGCACACGCACUCCGGCGUACAUCGCAUGCUGCCCGUCAUCAAGAGCGAACCCGCCGAGCCCGGGGAGAGCAGCACACCCCCGUCUCAGCCACCCAUGGCGGGGGCUCCCCAGACGAAGUGCAUUCCCCUCAAGCUGCGCUUCAAGAGGCGCUGGAGCGAAGACCAGCGCAUGGAGGCCUCGCAGGAGGAGUCGGAUGAUAAAAAAGUACGACCGGAGGAGGAGAGGGAGCGAGAGAGGCAAAGUAAUGGACAGAUGGAGAUGGAGGAGGAUGGGACAGGCAGCGGAGGCGGGGACAGUCCUCCUAUGCUGGCGUAUGAAGGCUCUUUAGCAGCACCCCUGGCCUUGCACAGGAGGGUGACUGCCGAGCUGCACCGCGCCACUGCACAGCUGUCUCUGGAGAAUAAAGACUGCUGAUGAGAGCCUCAGUCCAAACACUACUGCUCCGGCAGGGCAGGAGGUGGUGCAGGAGUAUGUAAAUGGUUCCUCUGUAAUUCCCUCUCCUCAUACUGACAAACUAGAAUCAAGAAACCUCCACUGACCCGAGAGCACACAUCAACAUACACAUGAAAGUAACGCCCCAAAGACAGCCCGACACCUUGUCAUCUCAGGGUGCCAAAUAUGGCCGUUUUGUCAGCCGCUGAUGUCACAGACGGAUGCGCGUGAGGUCUCUUUUGGUGUCCGUGGUGCAAUGUUUAUGUUUAUUCUUAGUCAUUGUAUAACACCAAGACAGUGUAAACCAGGGGUAGGGGAACGCCAGGCCUCAAGGGCCGGUGUCCUGCAGGUUUUAGAUGUGUCCUUGAUCCAACACAGCUGAUUUAAAUGGCUAAAUUAUCUCCUCAAUAUGUCUUGAAGUUCUCCAGCCGCCUGGUAAUGAACUAAUGAUUUGAUUCAGGUGUGUUGACCCAGGGCAACAUCUAAAACCUGUAGAACACCGACCCAAGAGGCCUGGAGUUCUCUACCCCUGGUGUAAACAGUGCAUACAGAGUUCCUGGUAGUGACUGAACGGGUUUAGACAGCCUGCGUCUCAGAAAAAGAUGCACUACCCUCCAAAAACAAGAAAAAUAAAAACCAAAUCAUUCACAUUUGGAACCCUCAAAAAUAUCUUUGAACACCAUUUGUUUGAAAAGUAAAAGCAGAUAGCAAAUUUUUUUAUUCGUGUCAGCAUUAUUCCAACAACAGCGAUGCAUCUUUACACCUGCAGUGAGAAUAGAAAUACCGCUUAACUCGUGUUUGCUCUCUUGCUUUGAAAAUCACCUUUGUACACAGUCUUGAAAUGACUUUGAGUUCGCUUUUUUUUUUUUCUGCCGGCGAAAGCGAGCCUGGCGGUGGGGGGAAAGUACAAGAUACUCUGCGUGCUGACCCGUUUGGUUGCUCUGUGUUUCAUUUUUACUCGCUGUUGAGGUUUAGGCACCAAGAGUACUUGCAGAAAAGGGUUAGGCACCAAUACCAAACGACACCUCACGCAUAUCUCUGCAAUGCAAGCAGCUUUAAUUGGGGGGAGACAGAGAAAAAAAGGCCACUAUUUGACGCCCUGGACUGCCCAACUCUUGCCUCUUUUUGUGUCAGACCUAAAGCCAGACCCAUUUAUCUGGAUCAGGGCUCUUCUAGGACGCAGCCGUGUGCAGGAGGGACUCACUCAGACUCCACACCAGGCACAGCGAUGGUAUGACUGGGCUGGAAUCAUCAAGUUCACCUCCUAACAGAUGCCCUGCCCCAGUAGCACAACCCCCCUCCCCAUCAGUAGGAUCAGCAGCCAGUCAGCACCUUCCUCAGGGGACACACACAUGCACACACACACACUCCCUAAUGACGAUCCAGGAUGAUGAUGUGCACACCCACGCCACUUUUUCCUACAAACCGACGGGACUUUAAGUGCCUGUAUCUAAAACCAUGGGGGGGAAGAGUGUGAGGGGAGGAGGGAGGGCUACUCGGAGUGAUCACUCUGUG